AUGUGGGGCAGUGCUCAAUACCGCAUAACCAACGACUGGCUGGCACUGGUUGCCUUGGGGGCGUUCAGUGGUCUCUACUUUGUGGGCUACAAGCUCUUGCUUGCCGUGUACAAAGAGCGGAAGGUCACUCAAGCACUGGAUGGACAGGGACUGCAUCGCCCCACGUCCACGUUGCCACUGCUCGGGAACACACUGGACGUGAUGUUUUUCCAGCGCGACCGGUUGCAGGACUGGAUGGCCGAGCAAAGUCAACUGAGUGAUGGCAAGCCCUGGGUCCUCAGCAUCCUCGGACGUCCUCAGACGCUCAUCCUCACGUCGCCCGAAGCCUGCGAAGAUGUGCUCAAGACGCAGUUUGACAACUUUUGUCGAGGCGAAGAGCUCGUGGACCUGCAGCACGAUAUCUUUGGCGAAGGACUGGCCGGUGUCGACGGGGACAAGUGGCUUCAGCAGCGACGCAUUGCGAGUCACAUGUUUUCCAUGAAGAUGAUGCGGGAAGUCAUGGACGAGGUCAUUCGGGAGAAGUCCAUUAAACUGCGGGACGUGCUGGCACAGUGUGCACGGGAGCACCGCGUGGCGCCCAUGAAGUCGUUGCUGGGCAAGUUCUCGAGCGACGUGUUUACCAAGAUUGGCUUUGGCGUUGACCUGCACGGUCUGGAUGGAGACAUUAACACGGAAAUGGACCACCCGUUCAUCAAGGCGGUCGACGGCUACGCCGCUGUGUUUGGCGCGCGACUCCACUCGCCAAUGUGGUUCUGGAAACUCAAACGUUUUUUGAACAUUGGGGACGAGCGUAUGCUGAAGCGGUGCGUCAAGGUCGUGACGGACCUGGUGAACGAAGUCUUGUUCAAGUCGAUGGCGGACAAGACUUCCGAAGACUGGAACACGAAGACGGACCUGCUGACGCUGUUUGUGGGCCACACUGGCAAGACGGGGCUGUCGGACUUGCGCGAUGCAAUGAUGAACUUCUUCUUAGCAGGCAAAGAGACGACGAGCUUUAGUAUUGCGUGGGUCAUUGUAAACCUCAACCGGCACCCGCGUGUGCUCGCGAAGCUUCGGGCACAGAUCCGUGAGAACCUGCCGGAGCUCAUGACGGGCGAGCUACAGGCCCCGGCGAUGAACGAUCUGCACAAGAUUCCUUACCUCGAAGCCGUCCUCAAGGAGAGCUUGCGGUUACACAUGACGGGCAUUCACCGCAAACCCACGAGGUCGACGACGCUUUGCGAAGGUACAUUUGUGCCGUUUGGUUCGACCGUAGUCACAUCUGUGUAUGCUGCCGCACGCGUGAAGAAGGUAUGGGGCGAAGAUGCAGCCGAGUACAACCCGGAUCGCUGGAUUGACGCGAAUACUGGCAAGGUCAAGUAUGUCAAUCCGUUUCAGUUUACCACGUUUGGCGGUGGUCCGCACCAGUGUGUGGGCAUGCGCUUUGCCAUGCUCGAGAUGCAAACGGUCCUGGCGGUGCUGCUGAGCCGGUUCGACAUCAAGACUGUGGAGGACCCGUUUGCGAUCACCUACGACUAUAGCGUAACGCUGCCGGUCAAGGGACCGCUUGAAUGCACUGUGCGCGAAUUGAGCGCCCCCGCUUACUGA